UAAAACAUGAAAAAGAAAGACCAUGCAAGAAGCGUUACUCUAAGUCUUGUAAACUUUAGUUCUAUGCCCAGAUGCUUACCAAAAUAUUAGAAUAAUAACAAAAACAAUGGAUAAAUGUGCUAAGGAAAACGUCAUGUAUGCAAGAAACAUUCUGAAGUCUUGACUUCUGUAACCCGAAACCAAAAAGCUACCUGCGCUAUGGAACCUGUGUUGGCUCGGGUAGCACAGACAGUAGUGCCCUGGGAUGCUGCCCCGCAUGCACAGGCUUCAGACAUAACCUUCUGCGGAAUAGGCGAUUGCAACUAUAACCACGAUCAUAGGAUGGGAAUGGAAAAUGAGGCUUGCAACGACGCGUGUGACGAUGCAGUUUGUCUUUUGGAGACAGACUUGGAUACUAAUUGUACGUUAAGAAGGCGGAAGUAUCCGAAACGAGUAGAGGUAUGCGUGGUAUUCUUGAAGGUCGGGGAGAUCGACACCAUUAAAGAACAAUUUAAUGCUGAUGUACUUGUCAAGGCAAGAUGGCGGGAACCAAGCAUGGACAAAUCCGAAAAAGAAGCCAAGGCCGCCAGGGAGCAGCAGCCGAGGCAAUCCACCAUGGACCCAGACAGCAUCUGGCAUCCUCGCCUCUUUAUAGAAAACACAAUAGGGGAGCCAAAAGAGAGUAUAUUCAGGAGUCCCAUGUGGAUGGAGAAUGGGGAAGCCUAUAUGACAGAAAAGAGGAGAGUCAAGGGCACGUUCCUUGAGAAUUUAGAGUUAAUGGACUUUCCAUUUGACGUGCAGGACUUGACUUGCACGGUAGCAUCUGACCGGCCACAAACAGAAGUCGAGCUCAUCAGCGACGCCAACGACAUCCAUCGAGUGAACAAACAGUCUUUCGUUGACGAACAAGAAUGGUCAUUAUACAAGCAUAUAGAGGCGGAACCUAAGGUUCUUACCUACGAACAUGCGGACCCAACAUUCCAGAGACAGGCUAUGUCGGUGAAGUGUAGGGCGGCGAGGAGGCCGGCAUAUUUCUUCUGGAAUAUUUUUCUCAUCACGUUUCUUAUAUGCUCUCUGUCAUUUGCGACGUUUUCCGUGAAACACACCCUCCCCCAGAACCGUCUCCAAUUAUCGUUCACUCUUAUCCUGACAUCAGUAGCAUUUAAAUUUAUCGUGAAUCAGAGUCUACCAAAAAUAUCAUAUCUAACGUAUCUGGAUAAAUACGUGUUGGCCUCAAUGAUCAUGUUGGCGAUAAUCUGCGUUUGGCACUGUCUUGUGACCGUCAUCGACGACAAUGCUCGCAGCCUCUCGCCAGAGAACCCCGAGGAGUUCAUGCAGAAAGUCGAGAAAGGGAUGGUUGGGUUUCUGCUUAGCUUCUAUAUUUUAUACAACGUAGCAUUUUCAAUUCGGAUAUACUUCAGCGCAUGUCGAAGACGACGGAUGAUGAAACAAAAAGACAAGGAAUAUAUGGAGAAAAUCGAAAAAUUAGAGCAAAAAGUGAAAAAGAAGAAGUUCUUCCGGCGGCAGUCAUCUCGAGAAGUCCCGCGAAACGAGCACGUGAUUGUAAACACGACAACUGACACAACGUGGCUGUAACUAUGGUGUAUCGUCAACCAGUAAGAUAGCAGUGUAUAACAUUGUGAUAAAACGUUGAUCAGAUAUACGCAAACUUCUAUCAGAAGAGCGUCAACCGUGAUUUGAAUAUCAUGAACUUAUUAAGCUUACUGGACAUGAUAGCCAGAUGGACUUUAUCUCAAUCUAAAUGGGCAUGAAAAAUAGGGACAGUGUUCCGUGUCCAUAUUUCAUGUAUAAUGGAACUUCAUUAGUAUUUUCCAAUUAGCGUUAAUUGUACCUUGCCUUUUCUAGAUGGUGGACUCUAUAUAUGAACAGAUUCUUGAGACUAACCGUCACAUACUGAAUAGAUUAGCAAGACAACAUGAUUGAAUAUGCACAUGACGCUUAUGAGUAGGAUUUUUUAAUCAGCCACCGAAAAUUUUAUCGGAAAUCUGCAAUUAUUGGUGCUUUGCCUGUUAGUUUCAUUGCUUUGCUUUCUGUAUGGAUGAUGGUAAGUUUAGGUAGACAUUGUGGAACGGGUCGAGGAGCAAAGUUCUUAUCUGUGAUGUAAUUGAUAUAUCUUGUUUGUUAUGAAGAGCGACAAGAGGAAGGUAGAGCUGCGCGCAGUUCUCAUUCAAGAAUGCAGAAUAACAUUUUUACAAUGGGAACGCACAGCACAUGGUGUCACACGAAAGACAAUAAGAUGAACAAGUUGAGUGGACUUCGAGGAAUGAAAUGCAAUGCGUUUGUGGCGGAAUGCAGACAACUGACUGGCGAGUGUGUCUUAUGCAAGGUGUCGAUUAUCAUUUGUGAUAGAGAUCAUGAAUGGUCCGGAACUCUUGAUGUAUUUGUCGAUAUUAAAUAUAGAGCUGAGCUUUUGGACCUUGGCACUUUUUUCCAAGGAGAAAAUAGAGUCGCUUUAAGCAUAUAGAAUCGAGCAUCUAGAAUAUAAAAACUAGAGUUGUGAACAAGAGGUAUACCGGCGUAGUCCUUCUGAUGUGACACCUGGUGUCAUCAUCUUACUGUGAAUUUGUGAUGUUAUAAUUCUUUCAGAACUAGGACUGGAUGAAUUACUACGCAGUCUCACAACUGACCAGAAAAUAGCUAUUCCGUCUAGCUUUUUCGAAGUUAAAGGGUUGUGGUUUUCAAACUAGAUAUCAUUAUGAUGCUGUGGUAAAUUCAAAUAAUGCAAACAAGCUUUAAUUUUCUAAAGAAUGCCACCCGAACUUAGUAGUGUAGAUUGUUAUUAACUGAAGUUAAGUUUUAUAAGUUUUUGUACAAAGUUGUAUAACAUGCUUGUUAUUUCACGACGCUGUAUGUUAAGGUGUUUAAAUGUCAUUUGAAUCAUGUAUCAAAAUCAAAUUUGA